UAAAAACCGGAAAGGGCUUCCCUAGACUGAGCCUGAAGCUUAACCGGUUCUGAAGUUGUCAGUAUAUAACUUUAUGAGCAAACGCAUUCCAUAUCUUGGUUUUCUUUGGAAAAAACAAUGCACACAAACGUUCCUAAUCGCUUCUGGCUGUUGCAAACUAGGUCCUUCCAAGCACAACGCAGCAGAAAUCCAAACCCAAAGAGAAAUAAGUUAUUAUCAUUGACUAGAGAAGAUGAGGUAGUUAAACAAAAUAAUAUUGCAAUUAGUAAACACAUGAGGAAUGGGCAACUCGAAUCAGCUCAUCGUAUAUUCAAUAACAUGCCACAUCGAACAUGUGUUACUUGGAAUUCAAUGAUAUCUGGUUACUUACAGAAUGACAAAUUUGAUCUUGCUCGUCGUUUGUUUGAUAAUAUGCCUACCAGAGAUCUUGUUUCAUGGAAUGUAAUGCUUAGUGGAUAUGUUCGAAAUCGGAAACUAAGUUUAGCUCGAUUAUUGUUCGAUGAAAUGCCUAACAAAGAUGUUGUUUCCUGGAAUACGAUGUUAUCUGGGUACGCCCAGAAUGGGUGUGUGAACGAAGCUAGAGAGAUUUUUGAUGAAAUGCCGGAGAAGAAUGAUAUAUCGUGGAAUGGUGUACUUGCUGCUUAUAUACAGAAUGGAAGAAUUGAGAGUGCUUAUAAGCUUUUUGAAUCGAAAUCAGAUUGGGAGAUUGUUUCUUGGAAUUCGAUGAUGGCGGGGUUCUUAAGAAGGAAAAGAUUAGUUGAUGCAAGGUGUCUUUUUGACAGAAUGGCAGAGAGAGAUUUAGUGUCUUGGAAUACAAUGAUAUCAGGUUAUGCUCAAAAUGGGGGACUAUUGGAAGCUCAAAAGCUUUUUGAAGAGGCUCCAGUUAAGGACGUGUUUACUUGGACUGCAAUGGUGUCUGGGUAUGUACAGAAUGGGAUGCUAACGGAAGCCAGGACCGUUUUUGAUGAAAUGCCUGAAAAGAAUUCUGUUUCAUGGAAUGCAAUGAUUGUUGGGUACUCGCAAUGUGGAAAGAUGGACAUGGCAAGGGAAUUGUUUGAGGCAAUGCCUUGCAGGAAUAUUAGUUCUUGGAAUACGAUGAUUACUGGUUAUGCUCAGAAUGGGGAGAUUGAUCGAGCUCGAAGUGUGUUUAAUAACAUGCCUAGUCGUGACUCGAUCUCCUGGGCUGCCAUUAUUGCUGGAUAUGCUCAUACUGGAAAUAGUCAAGAGGCUCUGAAUCUUUUUAUAGAAAUGAUGAGAGAUGGAGAAAGAAUGAAUAGAUCUACAUUUACUUGUGCAUUGAGUACGUGUGCUGAUGUUGCAGCUUUGGAGCUUGGGAAUCAAAUACAUGGGCGGCUUGUUAAGGCGGGAUAUGAGUUGGGUUGUUAUGUGGGAAAUGCACUUCUUGCGAUGUAUUGCAAGUGUGGGAGCAUAGAAGAAGCUCAUGAUGUAUUUGAGGCUAUGGCAGAGAAAGACGUGGUUUCUUGGAACACAAUGAUUGUAGGUUAUGCUAGGCAUGGAUUUGGAAAGCAGGCACUGGAAGUCUUUGAGUCGAUGAAGUUGAAGGGUAUAAAACCAGACGACGUCACCAUGGUUGGUGUUUUAUCUGCUUGUAGUCAUGCUGGCUUAGUAAGUAAAGGUACAGAUUACUUUCAUUCAAUGGAUAAGGAAUAUGGCAUUAAGGCAAAACCAAACCACUACACUUGCAUGAUUGAUCUAUUAGGACGAGCAGGACGACUAGAAGACGCUGAGUCUCUCAUGAGAAAUAUGCCCUUUGAGCCAGAUGCAGCAACAUGGGGUGCCUUGCUAGGUGCAAGUAGGACUCAUGGUAAUACAAAAUUAGGUGAAGAGGCUGCUUGGAAAUGUUUAGAGAUGGAACCAGAAAAUUCUGGUAUGUAUGUUCUUCUCUCGAACUUGUAUGCAUCUUCAGGCAGAUGGAGCGAUGUUCAAAAAAUGAGAGUCAUUAUGAGGGACAAGGGUGUAAACAAAGUUCCUGGGUAUAGUUGGAUGGAGGUGCAGAAUAAGAUCCAUAUAUUCUCUGCUGGGGAUUCAGUGCAUCCCGAGAAGGAUAGAAUUUAUGCUUUCUUGGAGGAGCUGGAUUUGCUUGUAAAGAAGGAAGGAUUUGUUUCUGUGACGAAGAUGGUUUUACAUGAUGUCGAAGAGGAAGAGAAGGAGCACAUGCUUAGAUAUCAUAGUGAAAAGUUAGCUGUAGCAUUUGGUAUAUUGAGUGUACCUCCAGGAAGACCAAUUAGAGUGAUAAAAAAUCUAAGAGUUUGCGAAGAUUGUCACAAGGCAAUAAAACUUAUAUCGAAGGUAACAGGAAGGUUAAUUAUAUUAAGAGAUUCUAACCGUUUUCAUCACUUCAGUAAUGGUUCAUGCUCUUGUGGGGAUUAUUGGUAAAGUAAAGAACUGCGGAAACAGGGAUAAUUGUUUUGACUUAAUUCUAUUACCAUGCAAGUUUAUUUCACUUGUUUUCAUAACGGGUGGGUUUAUUGGAGUUCGUUUUAGAAAUACACAACCUCAAUUGAUUAGCCAUAUAGAAGGUGCAAGAAACUUUACUGCUGCUCUCUUGGUUGGGAACUGUUGAGGUAUUGGAUUGCCGACUAACUAAAGCAAGAAAUAUAUUAUGCCGUAUCAGAUCGACGGGGUUUAGUUGACACCAAAUAAGCAAG